AUGUUAGCGAGACGGUAUCUUGCGUGGAGAUUAGCUGUGGAGGCUGACCAUGAUGAGGAGCGACAGGAGCUCGUAAAGAGGCGAAAAUUAAAUGUGCCCAGCCGUAUCUCUGACACUCAUUUUGUGCAGCGGUAUCGGCUAACCAAGGAAGGAUUUAUGUUUCUCUGUGAGACCUUAAGGGAAAAUACAAACCUUAGGGGUUCACAAAGAAUAUCAUUGGAGACUAAGGUUGCAGAUGAAAAAUGUCACAUUUUGGCAAUCAACCCUAAAUUUGGGGGUGCUAGCCAUGAUGCCUUUGUGUGGGAGAACAGCCAGCUCAACACAUACAUGCAAACAUUGCAUCGAAAUGGUGAAUCUGUGUGGCUUCUAGGUGACUCUGGAUACCCACAAAGACCGUGGCUUAUGACACCAUAUAAUAACCCUGCACCCGGUAGUGCAGGAGAAACUUUCAAUAAGUUACACAGCAGGGCGCGUGUAACUAUUGAAAAUACAUUUGGGCGCUUGAAAAAUAGAUGGAGAUGUUUGUGUAAGGAUAGGGUGCUCCACUACAAGCCGGAAAAAUGUGCCCAAAUUAUUUUAGCAUGCAGUGUGUUGCACAACAUAGCACUGGAUUUAGGAGUGCCAGAUCCUCAGGAACAAACAAUAGUUAAUAAUCAAGAUUUCCCUGAAAAUGAUGAGGUAGAGGAUGAUGUUACCCUGUUGACACUAGGGCGCUUAUUGCGUGAUCGCAUUGCCAGUAGGGUGCAUGCUGAAGCUGUU